ACAGCCCAACUCCAUAAAAAUCAGCCCAAACCCAACCAAAACCCACUAAAACACAAAACCCAAAACCCAAGCUCAAAUACCAAACCCAUUUAUCCCAAACAAACCCAAAAACAAAAACAAAAAAAAGAAAAAAAAAACCAUUUGAUCAGAUUAAAAAAAAAAAAAAAGUUAAAUCUUUGCUCUCCAGAACCUUCUUCUUCCCCCCACACCCUGGCCUUCUCCCUCACACCCGAAUAGGGAUGUCAACGGGGCCUCGCGGGGUCGGAGAGUCCGUCCCCGUCCUCGUCCCCGUCCCCGUCCCCGUCCCCGUCCCCAUCCCGACGGAAAAAAUUUCUCACAAAUUUUCACAGGAGAAAAUACUCCUCGUCCCAUGGCGGGAUCCCCACGGCCCCGCGGGUAUCGGGCAAAUUGCCAUCCCUACACCCGAACCAGUACCCUCUGCGCCCAGAUUCCCUGCUGCUGCACCUCUGCACCGGCCUUGCACUCCUGCACCCAGCCUUGCACUCCCGCGUCCAGCCGUGCACUCGUGCGCCCAGCCGUGCACUCCUGCGCCCAGCCCAGAUCCUCUGCUACCGCAAACCAGCCUUGCUCCUGCACCUGCCCUGCUCCGUGCCCCUUUGCUCCUGCACCAGUCUGGCUCUGCACCAACCCUGCUCUCUGCACCAGAUCCCCUUGCUCUGCACCAGAUCUCCUGCGCUCUGCACCAGAUCCCCUUGCUCUGCACUAGAUCUCCUGCACUCAUGCACUCCAGUGCCUCCUGCUCUACGCCCCUGCCUCCUGCACGCUGCACCUACUCCCCUGCAUCGAGCCCACGCCCCUGCUGCUGCACCUUGCUGCGCCUCUUGCACUCUGCGCCCAAUCCCACGCCCCUGCCUCCUGCACACUACAGCCAUACAGAAAAAACAGCCAAUACCAGACAAAAUUGGCAUCAUUAGUGAUUGCUUUUUCAUUUUUAUUUUAUUUUGUUGUUUGGGUAUAUAUAUAGGGCAAAAGCAGAGUAAAGUCGGGGGGCUCGGUGGUUGAUUUUUGGAGUUGAUUUGGGGAGUCUAUCUGGUUCUUGAGAGCACUAGAAGGAGAUUUCGAAGAAGGGAGGGCUGGUUUUCUUUGGGGAGGUUGGUUGUGGAGAGCACCGCCUCCGUCGCUGGUAUCGAAGGGCUGGUUCGAGAGUGAUGAUCUGGGAGAGUGCAACAGCAGCUUAAGGAGAAGGAAACAUUUUUUGGGUUUGCUUAGAUAAUUCCCUAAACAGAGGAAUUUUUGGGAAGGAUGGUGAGGAAGACGAAUGGAGCUUGAUCCCGUGGGUGGGAUCCCUCCUUCCAAUCCAGAUCUGUCUUCUCCCAGAAAAUUUUCGCCUUGUUUGUUGCAAUUUUUCUUAGAUUUCGAUGUAUUACGACUGUAUUUGAUGAUGAUAAUGUGAAUGAACAAAAAAUCAAACAUGUUCUGAUUGAAUGUCAUGGAUUUAAGUUGGGAUGAAUGUUUAUUUGUUUUCUUUUUCUCUGUGUUGAUGAAUGGUUAGAAUAGGAACCGUAAAUUUUCAUUUGUUUU